CAACUACACAUCUCUGUCGCCGCGCAAGAAGCAUCAUCCGCUUUUCAAAGGAUUUGAAAAACAUUUUUAGUGGAAAAUCUAUUUAGUGUGGUUACUAUAUUCUAUUUGCAAUAACAACUGUAGAACGCAGUACGCGAAAAUCUUGAAACACAGGAUUAAAGAAAACUGAACUUCGUGAUAAACAGUUGAAGUUGUACGUUUGAAACGGAACAAUGAGCACCAGCAAGAAAGCAACAUCCAAAAACGAACAACCAGUGCCGCCAGAUGACGGUGCCGAGUUCUCUGUUGAAAAAAUUCUCGAUAGGAGAGUUGUGAAUGGAAAGGUUGAAUACUAUCUUAAAUGGAAAGGUUACUCGUCUGAUGAAAAUACUUGGGAACCAGAAGAAAACCUGGAUUGUCCGGACUUGAUUCAAGCUUUUGAAGAUGCUAGGAAGAAAAAGGAAAAGGAUGGUAAGUUGUCAUCAUCGUGUGCAUUGGAACCAGUUUACCCAUGCGUUGAUUUUUCUACAGGUAAAGAAGAAAGCUCUGGCAGAAAAGUAGGACGCAAAUCUGGUGUAUCUGAUGAUUCAAAGGCUCCCGCAGCAAAGAGAAAGUCUACGGCUGGGGAAGAUAAGAAGAUCGGAUUUGAUCGAGGACUAGAACCAGAGGAAAUUCUAGGUGCUACCGAUCAUAAUGGCCAGCUUAUGUUUCUGAUGAAGUGGAAGGAUGCAGCCAACGCGGAUCUCGUACCGGCUAAGCAAGCGAAUGUAAAGUGUCCACAGAUCGUCAUCAAGUUCUACGAAUCCCGCUUAACAUGGCAAACUUCGGAAAAGAAAAAUGACGCCAAGGACGAUUAUGCCUAAAGAAAUAAUGGUAGUAUAGACCACACAGCUUAACUAUAAGAAUAUGGAUAUGUGAAUCUAUUUUAAGUAUCAUAUUUCUCUUUCCUUUUUGCUGAUAAAACCAGCAGGAAGCGUUGACAAAAAUGUAACUUUCGUGCAUUAGAAUAUGCAUAAUGAAUUUUCGGUAUAGUUUCCUCGGAACAGUCAUUUCUCAUUUAUUUCUAUCUACUUACUAUUUGAUCAAUUGAACUGUAAAUCAAAAUCAACUAAUGCAAACCGUUUUAUUGAUUGGAAUAUACAAAUAUCUUCAUUAUAUGCAGGCUACUUUAGCUAUUGUUAUUGAGACAGUUUGGAUGACUUUAUUUUUGUUCAUUUUUCUAUAUAAUUUGUUAUUUAAAAAUAUCGAACUAUCAACUGUAAAUUCACACGCACCGAUUAAUGUUCUACUUAAUCCUGGUACAAAUAAUUUGCAAAUGCAUACCUUUGAAGUUCUACCUUCAAUAUUCACAAAGUCUGGAUUUGUUUGACUAUCGCAUUGCGCAAAAAAUGGCGACGAACACGUGAAGUAAACAUACGAAAUUAUCCCAAGUGUAUUAAGCCGGCAUUAAAUGCUUGUGCUGAAGCUGAAGUUAAUCUUGGGGACUAAUUUACAAGAGCUGAUUUUCUUGAAAAGGUUUUUAUUCUUUUACAAAAACAAACAUCUGAAUUACGUGUAAGAAAGUGAACAUUUAAAUUAGUAAUCAAUAAAAUAAGGAAUCCAA